AUGCAUUUGACUCCAGAAGAAGUAGUAUCAGAGUUUAAACGUAGAGGAGCAUUUGAUGAAUUACGAAGAGAGUUGCUGGAAGAAUUUCUGAAAAGUGAAAAAGGCAAAGAGUUUAACGAACGACUCAAGUCGUUGCUUGAAUCAAGGACUGACGGCGAUCCGUCACUCUUAGACAAGGACCGAACAGAAAUACAUAUUAUAUUACUUAACGACUUUGACAAGGCACGGGAAGAUGAAAAAAUAAAAGAAUAUAUUUUGAAAGAAAUAAUAGAAUCAACGGAAUACCAAGCAGCGCUUGUACAAAGACUCGGAUCAAUAGUUACAGAACUUUGUGCGUCAGAAGAUGACGACACCAUCAAAGGUAAAGAAUCUGCUAGUAUUUCCACUUCAGUCAUCACAGAUUCAAUCAAGCCUAGCCUAAUGGAGGUAGAAGACAUUAAAAAAGACAACGCAAACAGCGAACUUGAUUUAGCAAAAGCCAGGGAAUCUUCUGAAGAUGAGCCAGAAGAGGGGGAAGCCACUGAGCAAGAAGAUAACGAGGGAGGAAUAUCCAGUCCUAAGCGAAAAUCCGACAUAGACACUGUACUCGAUUCUGCUCCUUUCAAACGGAGAAAGUCCGAACGCUUGAUAAAAAAGUCAGAACAUUAG